AUGUCGUCCUCAGAAGAAGAACCUCUGGUGGCGGCUGUACAAGCACCGCCUUUGAACAUCCCUUCCGGUGCUACGGUCAGCGUGAAGAUCAUCGAUACCACCACCACCAUCAAAGUUCCCUUGAGCUUGCAAAUGGGCCCGAAGAUUAUCGGGCAUGACGACCUUUUCUGUCCAGCCUAUUCCUUCCUCAUUGAGCAUCCCUCCGGCCGCAAAGUGCUGUAUGACCUCGGCACCCGCAAAGACCUUGAGAACCUCUCUCCAUCCAUCGUCGGCAUGAUGUCUGCACCCGGCUGGCAUUUCAAAGUGGAAAAGGACGUUGCAGAGAUCUUGGAGGCAAAUGCAACUUCAACGGGAAGCAUUGAAGCGGUGAUUUGGUCGCAUUGGCACUUUGACCACAUUGGCAACAUGGAGACCUUUCCAUCCAGUGUCAAUCUAAUCGUAGGUCCAGGGUUUAAAAGCGGUCUGCUACCGGGGUAUCCGACAAACAAGGACAGCCACCUGCUGGAAUCGGAUUGGGCAGGGCGAGAGCUGGUUGAGCUGGAAUUUGACGCACGCCUGAAAUUGGGUCAAUUCAAGGCCAUUGAUUACUUCGACGACGGUAGUUUUUAUCUGCUAGAUGCGCCUGGUCAUGCUAUCGGUCAUGUCUGCGGUCUUGCUCGCGUCUCCAAAGGGACUGGAGGGGAAGACGAUACCUUUGUCUUUAUGGGCGGAGACACAUGUCACCACGGUGGACAAUGGAGACCCAACCAGUAUCUUCCACUUCCCAAACAGGUCUUUCCCACCAAACCUAUCCUAGGCAGAUCAGUCUGCCCGGGGAGUGUGUUUCAAAAUUUGCAUCGCCAUAACUUGGCGGUUGAAGAAUAUUACAAGAUGGCGCCCAACUUCCCCCAAGAUUACCAAGAGGCAGAAAAGACGAUUCAUCACAUGCAGGAGUUCGACGCAGCGAAGAACAUCUUGGUCAUUAUUGCCCACGACUGUGCGCCUCUAGAACCGAAUAGCGGGUUCAAAUUCUUCCCCGAUGGAACUCUGAAUGAUUGGAAAAAGGACAAGUUGGACCAACGAAUCAGGUGGACCUUUCUGGAAGACUUCCAACCUGCAAUAGAACAAGGGGCACAGCAAGAGACGAAAAUGGAAGCAGGUCUGACAUUCAGACCUCAGUGA